GUGUGAGUGGAAGAGACGUCUGGUUGACCAAGGUAUUUAGGUAAUGGCUUUGAAUUGCCGAUUGUUUACACAUUUCUUGAUACUCGAUUUCCUUACAAAGAAAGUCUCUCUGCAAAAUCUGUCGAGUUUCAGGAGGAGACAUGAAUUCGUUUCUGUCAAACCCGAUACUCCUCGCCUCACCGGUUCGCUCAAAGACGGGAUGAACUCAAGGCUCCCCUUAUGCAAACUUACUUUCGGCUCAAGACCUCUUCAGGCCAAAGAGGAUCUUAUUUUGAUUAAGAUGGAAUGAAAACAUCUCCAGAACAAAUAAAAGGAUAGCAAACCAUUACUCUCCUCGUUUGAUUAACGCUUCGGCUCGUGCCACACGUGCCACAAAUGUCCCAGAACAGGAGCUUUCCUCAUAGAAAUUGCGGCAACUUGAAAAGCAUCCGAGGCCGGGCCUCUUCUAGUGGUAUCGCGGUCGCUUAUUCUCCGAAAAGAGCCUGUCAAGCUCGAAGUCAGACAUGCACCGGUCUCAGCCUGGGCUAAGCGGGCCGAGUCAAAGUGUGCGACUUAGGAUGAGGGCAAGUGUCUGCCAGAUGCCUGUGUGUCUCCAUGGGAUGAGCCUACAACACUUGUUUAUUCUCCUGGUUUCACCAUAUUCGAGAAUAACUUGACUGAGGCGGAUCGUAUCACCACCAGAGGACUCAACGAGACAUCGACUGUCACCUCACCGCCAGAUUAGCUUACAGCUUGUUGUGCCUGCUAUAGCAUUCGAUGGGCACCUUCGUUGACCAUCGUGUAGCAUCGCUGAAAAUAUGAAAGUCGGUAUUCUGGCCACAUUCUGGUAUGGUCUUUACACCACGCUCAAAGCCAGGAUUCUGGCUUCUACCCGUGUGGUAUGGCCAGUGCUGCAUUUCAUUCCUUCGUACCUUGUGAGGCUGGAUUCGAUCAAACAUCUAAAGUCCUCAAAUCUAAUCAUAAAAGCACUGCCUCUCUACACAACACAGCUAUUUUACGCGGGCAACGAGACUCAUGCCACACCAACGGGGGAGGAAGAACGGUGACACCGCCCGAAAUUCGAUGCAGGGAGCCGUUUUGUGUCCUUGGCUGCGCCUGGUGCAAAAGAAACGCUAACUCGCCAUGGACUGCCGCUGUCAUACCGCUCCGAAAUCGUACAAUCAUCUGAAACCAAGCUUUGAGAACCAGGAAGGAAUUCAUUACUCUGAUACCGAUGUGGGCAAUCAUUCGUUUCCAAAUUCGUCAGAGCUCGGUCCGAUAAGCUUGGUAAGGUGCCAAAUAUGAUGUUCAUCUUUCAAAAUUAGGUACGGAUGUCAUUUUGUCCGAAUCAGGAAGACCGAGAUACCCAGACAGUGCCUCAAAUGUCCAAAUGCUGCAGACCAAGACAGUGUUCACUCAAGAAACGCCAUAACCCGUUGCUGGGCCCUGCCUCUACCCUUUCUACAACUCCUGGUUGACUGGUUACUCCCUAUUCAGUGACAGGACCAUCACUGGCCAUUUCGAUUAAGUGGACAGAAGACCCGACCCCGGAAGAGCGUCGCUGCCCGAGCCGUCGGCUGGUCGCGUCAGAUGCCAUGAAUUUCGCGGGACGGUGAUAAUUGCCAAAAGGUCAUCGACUUCGACCGGAGUCUUAUGCCUACUCAUGACAAAAGAGUAGAAUAGAUCAUGCAAAGUUAUGGUGGCUCAGGUCAUUGACAUCGUACUCCAGAGAUCGGGGUGCAGUCAUACUGUGCUAGUUGACGAUAUGGAGGGCACAACGCCCAACAGGUCCUCCAGGCUCUCUCAAGACUGGCGCAAUCGUAACUUGAAUCAAAUGGUACAUGAAUGCCAAAGCGUUGAUGGCCACUCCAUGGGCAGGAGGGGCGAGCGUAUUUGGCAUAGGCUUGUGUCCCCUUUCGGGGAAUUUUCUUGUGCCUGUACGCCUAAGAGCUCGUGAGAGUAACAAAGGUCAGAGACAUGACAGGUUCGUUUCUGGCUUCACUGCGAUAGAUCAUAUGAGGGGGAAAUCUAACAGACUGACUUCUGGAAGCGCCAUCGAACUCUCAUCAGAAACUUCCCACUGGUGUAGUAUGCAACGGCUAUGCACAGGUCUUUGGUCAGAAUAGAAGGACCCAUGAAACGUAUCCCUGACAAACCAUUGCUACCUCAUAUAUCUAUUGACCGCAGAAACAGGAGGCACGUCUGAUAGGCCUGUUGGCCAUGUUGAUGUGCAAGCCGUCUCAGUAAGGAAGCGUGUCCCUUCUAGCUGUCAGUUGUCAUACUGACACGUGGGGGCGACUCGAGCAAUUCUAAGGGAGUGCUGAGAUGAACAACAGAACCUCAGUGGCAGCAGGGCCGCUGUCUCCUGUUGUACAAAUAUCAGGAAACAGACUGGGGUAGAAGGUCCUGGACGAUGUGGUAUGCAAGCAUCCGCCUGUACUUCAUUCUGACUGAGCCCGUGGGGCGGUCUUAGAAGGCGAGACAACCAAUUCGUUAUUCUUGGUUCUCCUUCGCGGCUCACAGUUCAGUCUCGAUCUCCAGCCUCCAGACUAUACCAGGGAUUUAGCCAUUCAAUCAAUGAGAGACGAACCGCAAUAUUGAUUAGACGAAGCCAAGAUUGUGUGGUGCCCUGUCGAGUUCAGAGCAAAAGAGAGGAUGUCUCCGGGAGUGUAACGGACGGCACGGAGUGAAGGCUGACCUAUCCACACCCAACAGCUCUAAUACGCACCCCUGUUGCAGUUCUUUCUGCCUUAUGGUCCUCCUAAUGCGGAGGGGAAUUCUAGAGGCUAUAGAGGAGCUGUUUGAUAAAGCGGGACUCUGGACUCAAACAUAUCUCCUAGGGGAAUGAACAAAACCAUAGCAGUAGGACAACGCAACAAUACGUUCCCAUUCAUCAAAGCAUCUGGAAACAUCAUCCUUGCAUUUCUCCCUAGGCUUCAAACUGAGCCCAAUUUCUUUUUACUAUAUCAUUAAUAGCCUGCCCCGACAUCGUUCCGUCAUCUAUCACUUGGUGGCUGUUCCUAGUAUCUGCUAGCACCAGGCGGUGGGAGCUCGUCAACGGAGCUCUAGCCCCUUGGAAGCCGGCAUUGAAACUGAAAGAACAAAGAAAACAUAACGAAGAGUGUCGGCCUGACCUAAACAAGGCGUGACCGACUUUUUGGAGUUGCAGGUUCCCGAGCAACUUUGCUGGCCGAGCCAGCUCAGGCUACGGUUCCUCACCACUGCCUAUUUCGGUACACGCAGGCAUAUUUGCCUUUCCCCGACUUGUUUGUCAAGCUGAGGAGUGACUUGAAAGGCGAAUAGUUUCCCCCAGCUGUAGUGUUGCGGCUGUCUGUCCUUCUCUGCAAUCCAGAAGUAGUUAUAUCACGGCCGCUGCCCGCUGUGCUAUCCAAACCACUUGGUUUAGCCAUCUCUUUACGGCCAAAUCUCUGGCCUCCUACAUCUCGCGAACAUCGUUACGCCUCUCAAACUUCUCUUUCUGGUAUUUCUGGCAAACUUUACUGGUUUCCAUCAUGUUGUCCCUUAAAGGUCUCCUGAACCCAGCACCAGCUGGAGAUAAUGAUUCCCCCUUUCCUCGACCAAGUCUUGCGCCCGAGUUUCCACCAAUCCCGAAUUUCGAAGAAGCAUCAAAUCAAUCUGGGAACCGUUUUAUGAUGGUUUCUGAUAGAGCUGAGCCGAAAGACGCCAACAACAUGGCCAAGUCGAAGCUGCGCGGUCCAGUCAAGUUUCACCCUUUCGAGCGUCUCGACGAGAUUGCUUUGCAAGAGAUACUCCGAUUCCGAGUCAAGCCAUUUGGGAAUAUCCAGGAUUCAAGCCUUCACAUCCCAUACAACAGUGGUAAAAAGGACUUUUACGAAAAGACAGGACGAGAGAGCUUCGAGGUUUUCAAAUACGAGUUCACCUUGACUGAACAGAACGCUGAGUACGCUGUGAUGUGGGACUACAAUGUCGGGCUCGUUCGCAUGACCCCUUUCUUCAAAUGUCGCGGCUACGGAAAGACAAUUCCGGCAAAGAUGUUGGGCCUCAAUCCAGGGCUCAAAGAAAUCACACAUAGCAUUACUGGAGGUUCUAUAGCUGCUCAAGGUUAUUGGAUGCCAUACACAUGUGCCAGAGCUGUCUGCGCAACCUUCUGUUACUCUAUCGCAGGGGCCUUGAUUCCAAUCUUUGGCCCAGACUUUCCGUCUCUCUGCAUUCAUCCCAGCGCGCCUGACUUCGGCCGCAUGGUCAUCAGCCAGCAAAUAAUCAUCGAAGCUACCCAUGAAGCCGAAAUGGCUCGGCGUAUGCAUAUGAGUACGAUCCCACCUAGCUUCCACGGCGCUACGAGCUAUCCGAGAGACGAUCGAAGUAUUCCACCGGGUAUCUAUGCCCAAGAAGAGCGCCGUCAUCGAUUCCGACCCCGUCUGUUCUGUGAUCCAUCGUGGGCCAUGGAUAGCGACAUCGAACGCCAUUACAUGUCAGCUCCCAACUCAGCCUCGAGUAGCGGCUCGGGACUUCCUGGCUAUAUGGUGACUUCUCGUCCGGGAUCCAGCUGGACCGUUGCAAACCCGUCUAGCCCUGAGCCUAAUCCCUUGCUCAGUGCGGUCCCUCGCAUCCCACCUUUUCAGAAUGAAGGCGCUCUCUCGUCUGCUCCAUGGGGACCUAAGAGACGACUGGACUACGACGACUGGGACAGCUAUUACAGAGAGAGUGCUAGUCCCGCCAUGAGCCCGAGAUCUAUUCUCAUGGUUUCGACCCCUGAGGCCAGCGCUAUGAGGCAACGAGUGAUCAAGACGCCACAAAGCGUACCUGAUGCGGCCCAGAAGGACGCAGCUAUUCUUCUCUUAAACCUCAGGAUGCAGGACCAGGGGCCCUCUGCUCCCAACGCCGUCGAGUCGCCGCCUCCCAUCCAAUUACAGCCUGCGCUGGAGGAAGGACAUCGUAAUAAGAGACUGCGAGCCACUUCGUUGUCCAAGUAACUGUGACAGAAAAGGAAAGGGGGCAAUGGGUUUCUAUCGACAAAGGAGUCUUUGGGGGUUAUAGUAUCAACAGCGAAUAGAAUGGAAAAGUUCGGACACUUGAUUUCACUCAAUCACUUAAUCGCCAGUAUCUGGCGACAUCUCGAUCAUAUCAUAACUGCAUAUAGCACAUCAUUUAGGGCCUAGGAAACAGCAAUCGCAAGUCUUAGUUAGUACACGAACAUCAUUGUAAAACAAAGUAACUUAUAUUCUUUCUUACAUCC